AUGGUGCCACCUCCGCUCAGAGCGUUCUCCUCGCCGUCCUCCUCCCUUCUCUUCUCGCUGCUUGCAACAGCCUCACAACAUCGUGCCGACCACGACGGCCUCUCCAAUGGCGAAUUCAUCGCAUUCGCCUGUCUCAUUCCCAUCCUUGUCGUCCUCUCGGGUCUGUUUGCCGGUCUAACAUUAGGCUACAUGUCUCUCGAUGAGACACAACUACACGUACUAUCCAUCAGUGGAACACCACUCCAGCGCAAGUAUGCAAACCAAAUCAAGCCCAUUCGCCAGAAUGGCCAUCUCCUCCUCGUCACCCUCCUCCUCGCCAACAUGAUCACAAACGAGACCCUUCCCAUCAUCGCAGAUCCUGUCCUGGGCGGAGGUGUACAGAGCGUCGUUGUCUCUAUCGUCCUUAUCGUCAUCUUCGCAGAGAUCAUCCCGCAGUCAAUAUGUACUCGUCAUGGCCUUUACAUUGGCGCGAAGAUGGCCCCUCUUGUCAAAGUGCUUCUCUAUACUCUCGGUGUCGUCGCUUGGCCAGUUGCAAAAAUUCUUGAACUGAGUCUCGGUCCCCAUCACGGUAUCAUCUAUCGUCGUGGCGAACUCAAAGAGCUCAUCGCUAUGCACUCCACCGUCGGUCAGCUCGGCGGUGAUCUCCGUUCCGACACUGUAACCAUUAUUGGUGCUACGCUUGACUUGCAGGAAAAGAGUGCCAAACAGUCGAUGACGAAGAUUGAUGAUGUUUUCAUGUUGUCUAUUGACGCAAAAUUGGACUAUAAGACGUUACAGAAGAUCUGUUCUACAGGACACAGUCGUAUUCCCGUUUUCGAGGAAGUAGAGGUCCCUGAUCGGGAAGGAAGGAUGACCAAAGUUCCCAAAAUUCUUGGUGUGCUCUUAGUGAAGCAAUGUGUCUUGCUAGAUCCCAAAGAUGCCGUCCCCGUCCGCAAGGUUCAGCUGAACAAACUACCCUCCGUCUACCAAAAUGAACCUCUUCUCGGUAUCCUCGACAAAUUCCAGGAAGGGCGCUCUCAUAUGGCUGUCGUCUCACGGUUGAGUAUCGCACAUGCUGCCUCUGUCAAGAAGGCUGUCAAGAAAGGCCUCACCCAGCGUCUGAAAGACCGUGUCGGCAUCAGCGACUCCAGCAGCUCCGACUCCGACUCGGAAGAAGAAGAGCAGCCUAGAAGAAAGAGCUGGAGGAGAAAGAAGUCGAAUGACAGCAAUGAUGGGACAGGGAGUCCCGGCGAAAAUGCUGAGGGCGAUGAAAACGAUGCGACGCUCAAGGGUGAUGGCGUCUGGGAAAAGGACUUCGCUAACGGUAACGGUGGAAAUGGAUCUUCACCCGAGCGCGAGAGGUUCUCUUUCAAGAAACGCGGUCGCUCGAAACGUGGAAAGGUAGAGGACGUUGAGAUGGGAAGAAUGGAAGGCUCCUCUGAAUCACCUGCUGCUGCUUCUGGUCCUUCGGAAACGAUCAACGGGCAGAAGGUGAAGAGGGGCAGCUUCGUUCAGCUGCCGAAAGCGGAAGCAAGUAUGCCUGCGGAUGCGGUGCUGAACAAGGAGAACGUCAACGAUUUCCUGCAGAGCUUUGAUCCGCUCGUGGCCCCUCUUGGUAUCAUCACUCUCGAAGAUGUCCUUGAAGAACUUAUUGGCGAAGAGAUAUACGACGAAUUCGACCCUGAAGGUGGCCACCGUGGCGAGGCUUCCAAAUAUCUUCCUCCUUCUGCUGGCGACAAUUCCAACCUUCUCAAACGCAAAGGCUCCGCUCCUAACCUUACAUCUUCUGGACCCGAUGCACCUGUCAGCCCCACCCCGAUAAACGCGACCACGAACAAAGGCUCGAAUGUCCUUCGCCCUAUCGCCAUCCCAGCCUUGAAGAAUCUGUCCUUCCUAAGGAGUCGAAGUGCCCCUCCUACACCCAGAGAACUCCCUAAGACCCUUCCCUCGGGCGAACCAUUGGAGACAGUACAGUCUCGUCCAGAUGAUUCCAAUGUAGAGCCCAAGAUCAUAGAGGGUGCGAUCGACGACAUGGACGAGAAAGAGAGGUUGAAGAUGGAAGACGCUGAAACGAUGGCUUCGCCCCCGAUAGUCGUCACGCCCCCUUCCUCUCCCCCUCGCUCGCCCCCCGCCAAUGCCCUUGCCGCCCCUACCGCUACUCCCGGCGUUGCCCCUGGUGUCACGGCCGCAAUCGGCUCUGGUAUUUCACGCGGCGGCUCCCCCGCUUCCUCACUCGGUGCUAUCAUUUUCGACCGCGGCCGCCAGAAACGCGCUGCUCAAGCUCAGACUGGUGGUGCUAGCGGCGGACCUUCCAUCGUUGCGCCGAUUCCGAGUCCUAGAGCCGUGACGCCGAGUGCGUCUGGUGGAAAGGGACAGAGGUUCAAGAGCAGUCCGUUGGCUCCAGGGUCUACGGAGGGACAGAGUGCGGCGAGGGGUGGGCCUUCCGGGACGUCCGGCAUGAGUGCGGUGGAUGAGGAUGUAGCGGGCAAUCAGGCAGACGACGAGGGGGUCGUGGCGUCAAAUACGGACAUGAACACGAAGGACGAGAAGGAGAUGUGA